CUUUCGCUGUCCAUCGCUGCGCCCUCUCCACCCUUUCUCUGCCCUCGCAUACACACCCAAAAAUGGAGGUGUCUCUUCUCCCCACCUCACCUUAUCCCUCCCAGCAAUGCGAGUGUCGUGACUACUCCGCUUUGAGCGAACGGACCAAUCGCACGCCUCUCUCAGCCUAGGGCCAACGACAUACGGCCGUGUCUCUGUCUUGGCCUCCUUCGUCCUUCCCCCGUCAGCACGUGCAUUUCUAUCUUUGGGCCCGCAUGCUGCUCUCGCAAACACCCUGCCUGUUUUGGAUGCAAUGGCGAAGUGUUCAUGGUGACGCUUCGAUUCAUCCUCUGCGAUAUGGAUAGUAUGGUAGGUGAAGGUGUAUAAAGAUGUCGCACUCGACCGCUUUCGUUGUCUCUUUUUCCUAUCAUCACUACUCCGUCUCUAUCAAUUACUCCUCUGAGAUCACCCCUCCCUCUCCUCACAUCACAAUGGACGCCCACCACCUCUUCCGCCGCCUAAACGAGAACGGCGACUGCACCCAAGCCACCUGCCCCGUCUCCGACUCCAUCUACGGCUACCGCCCUAAUCUCGCCGCGACACUCAUCUUUCUCAUCCUCUUCGCCGUCUCCGGGAUCGCGUACGCAGUCCAAGGCUACCUGCGCCCAACAACUCGCUUCUUCACCAUCGUCAUGGUCCUCGGCGCCAUCUCCGAAGUCCUAGGCUACGUCGCGAAAAUGCUGCUCUGGCAGAACCCCUUCAGCAACACCGGAUUCAAGGCGACAAUCGUCCUCCUUACCUUCGCGCCCGCCUUUUACGCUGCCGGCAUCUACUACACCCUCAAACACAUCUGCCUCACCUUCGGCGCCUCCUUCUCCCGCCUGCGCCCAAAGUGGUACACCUGGAUCUUCAUCUCCAGCGACAUCUUUAGCAUCCUCUUACAAGCCGUCGGCGGCGCCGUCUCCUCCGCCUCCCCCAAUCUCGCCGUCCUCUCCAUCGGCUCAGACAUCAUGAUCGCCGGCCUCGUAACGCAAGUCGUGACGCUCGUGGCCUUUGGCAUCCUCGCAGCCGACUACGCCCUUCGCGUGUACCGCAAUCGCGCGCAUCUUAACCCUGCGACUGCUGCGCUGCGCACCUCGCUGCGCUUUCGACUUUUUCUGGCUGCGCUGUGGAUUGCGUAUUUGGGCAUUCUGGUGCGGUGCUGCUAUCGUGUUGCCGAGCUCGCGGGCGGCUGGACGGGGAGCAAUCGGAUUUUGAAGGAGGAGGGGUUGUUUAUUGGGUUGGAUAGCGUGCCGGUUGGGAUUGCGGCUGUCGUGCUGAAUGUGUGGCAUCCGGGCUGGUGCUUUCCCAGAGAGGAGGAGCAGCGGGAGGUCAAUGAGAAGGUGGAGGGUGAGGCGAGCGAUGAGGAGGCGCGGGUUUGAGGGAUGGAUAGACUUGCGCGGCG